AUGACAGCUCAGUUCCAGCCGUCAGAUGCAGAUGUUAACAGCUUCUUGGAUCUAGUCGGCCACACCGUGCAAAGACCGGAGGCAGUCGCAAGACUGAAGGGUAAUAACAAUAAUGUCGAGCAAGCUUUGAACGAAUACUACGAUUCUCCAGACAACAAUAAAUACCGGUGGGAUGAAGGACAAUUCAAUAGUGGUCGAGACGGCGAGUACAACAACCAUGGUAUAUCAUUCGAUAUCCAUGCGCCAGAUGACCCAGGACCCUUCCCAGGAGGACGCUUCGAUGGAGGCCCAUCUCGCCCACCCUCAAGAACGAGUAACAAUAAGUCACCACUGAGUAAGGUCAUUGAUCUAACAGCAGACCAUGCAGCUGCGGACGCCAGAAACUCCAUGGACAAUGACUACAAUGCCGAUCCGGAACUGCAACAAGCUCUCGCAGCCUCGAGGGCAGAUUUGGGGAUGCCACCACAAGAGAGCGGCGUAACUGGGACUGAGGUGGUUCAUUUUGGCCCGGCGACCCGCAGCCAAUACGAGCAAGGACAGUGGGAUAUGGUACCGAUUGGAAAGUCUUCUACGCAAGAGGUGUUCGUCGAGCCUGAGCCUGCGGAUAGGAAACGUGAACCAGGGACUCCCGCUUUUUUGAAGCCAAGUAUCCAGGAUACCCGCCUCAAUGCCAUCAUCACGAUCUAUCAUGAGAUCCCUCUCACGAGGAGCCUAUUCCUCAACUCAGGGGAUCACAUCGCUUCUUACGGUUAUGAUCCGGAAUGGUGGUCUGGAAAACAGAUUGAGAUGCAAGUUGUAAUGGUGGAUGAUGAGCUGACUCAGUAUGAGGAGUGUGACAGAGAGCUUCAGCGCCUGAUGGCAUUUCUAGAUAAGACAGAGCGAAGCUAUGGCUCUGCUGAACCGCUGGCAGACCGUCCUGAUGUGAAGAAGGCCUUCAGAGCUCAGCCUGACAUUCCAUCCGCUGUAUUCUUAGCUUGGAAACUUGCCAUCGAAAAAAAGGAUCCAGGAAUGGUUGAUAUGAUCUUCAGCGCUGGUGUUGCAUCCGAAGACCAAGACACAAAAGAUGAUGAGAAGACGUUUGCAAUGCUGGAACUCGACCUUCCUGCCAAGGACUCCUCUCAGGAGACACUAUAUGACAUCGCUGACGAAGUUUUGUGGCCUGGUCUUGGAAACUUGGAGCUCUCAGGGUGCCCGUACCUAUCACGAAUCGCCCCGGUUAUUUCUUUCAAAGUUGAUGGUCAGGGUGAUCGCAAGCCUAUCGAGCUGCCAAUGGUGUGGUAUCCGGAUCGCUAUCUGAAAUCUGGACGGCAAGCGGCUUUGGACAUGCGAUUGAAGAAGCAUGAAGUCGAGCAAGAACUGACCCGAAUCCGUACCUUGGAAGAGAAGCUGUCUUUGGUUCCAAUCAGAACUGGGAAAAUUGUGAAGGUGCAUGAUUUGUUCAAGGCUUCACUCAAGCAUGAUGUUGCAGAAAUAGAAGAGAAAUCGGAGGCACUUAUCGAUGUUGACAUUGAAAUGAUGGCCACGCAGCGUCAAAGCAAUGCUAUGGGGCGACUCUCGGAAGAGCUCCAGAAGGUUGUUGCUAGUAUUGAUAAGAAGCUUCUAGCUUUGGAAGGAGAGAAGGAAAAGGCUCGAGAAGAAUUUCGCAAGCUUUCCAAGCUGUACACGGAACCUUCUAGCGAUCCUGAUGCCCCGGCUCUGCAUAAGUACACUCUUCGUGGUGUCAGUACGUCCAAGAGCACAUUCUACAUUUGUAGACGUUCCGAGCCAGACCUUAUCGAUAUGGACAUGGAUGUUCCCGAUCAGUGGUGGAAAUUUCAUUAUGCUCCCAUGGGUCACAACACUGUGACUGUUGAGAAAACGACCGAAGAGGAGGUCACAAAAGCUGCCAAGGAAAGCAAAAAUAUGAUUCUCGUGUAUGCCAGCGAGGAUGCUAUGGAUACUUUGAAGUACAAUCACGCACUUCCCAAACCUCUCGAGACCUUUGUAAAGUUCGACAACAAAGCUUUCAAGGCCGAGUUCCAGGGUUCUGAAGAUUCUCAAACUGUCAAUGGAGAGUAUCAGAAUGCUGCAGACGACACUCUACCGGUUGGACUAUCCUCUCCAGGCAAACGAAAGUUCGAUGAAAGCUCAUUAGUUAACCAGGACUCUAAUCCAUAUGCGCGCGUCAAUAUAACUGCGAGAGAACUACGGAACAACGGCGAUACCGGGGAGACGGAAGCUUCGACCUCACAACAAAACACAUCUAUGGGUGGAGUGGAGACACCCUUGUCACAAAGCCACGAGGUUCUUGUGGGUGUUGAUCCAGCCAUGCUUGACAACACCAACUAUGAAAGUCCAAGGCCAACCCAGGAGAUGCAGGAGCGAAGCGGGAUGCCCAUGUUGUCAAGAGCAACUUCAGGACCAACAAAAUCUCUUGAUAACAUGGACCUGAUAAUGGAGGAUGAUAUAGUUGCUGGAGAGAGCGCUGCUGUGAAGCACGUUGGAUUUGCGGAAUGA